AUGUACCCCGCGGGACCCCCGGCCGGCCCCGCCCCGCGCCGCGGCCGCCGCCCCCCGCCCGGGCGCCCCGCGCCGCCGCCGCGGCCCCCCGCGCCCGCCCCGGUCCCCGCCGCGCGGCCGCCGCCCCCCGCGCCCGGGCCGCGGCCCCGCGUGGCCGUGAAGAUGGCCUUCCGCAAGGCCUACUCCAUCAAGGACAAGCUGCAGGCCAUCGAGCGCGUAAAGGGCGGCGAGCGGCAGGCCAGCGUGUGCCGCGACUUCGGCGUGCCCGGCGGCACGCUGCGCGGCUGGCUCAAGGACGAGCCCAAGCUGCGCUGGUUCCUGGAGCAGCUGGGCGGCGAGGUGGGCACACAGCGCAAGAAGAUGCGGCUGGCCAACGAGGAGGAGAUCGACCGCGCCGUCUACUCGUGGUUCCUGGCGCUGCGCCAGCACGGCGUGCCGCUCUCGGGGCCGCUGAUCCAGGCGCAGGCCGAGGCCUUCGCGCGCCAGAUCUACGGCCCCGAGUGCACCUUCAAGGCCAGCCACGGCUGGUUCUGGCGCUGGCAGAAGCGCCACGGCAUCUCCAGCCAGCGCAUCUACGGCGAGGCCGAGCCCCCGGCCGCCGGCCCCGCGCCCGGCCCGCCGGUCAAGCAGGAGCCCGCGCAGCUGCCCCGCGCCGGGCCCCCGCCCGACCGCGCCCUGGCUGCCCCGGCGCCCGCCGAGGGUGGCUACGGCGACGAGCAGAUCUACAACGCCAACGUCACCGGCCUCUACUGGAAGCUGCUCCCGGAGCAGGCCGCACCCCCGGGCGCGGGGGGCCGCGGCCGUCGCUGGCGGGGCGACCGAGUGACGGUGCUGCUGGCCGCUAACCUGACGGGUAGCCACAAGUUGAAGCCACUGGUCAUCGGGCAGCUGCCGGACCCACCCAGCCUGCGCCGCCACAACCAGGACAGGUUCCCCGCCUCCUACCGCUACAGCCCCGACGCCUGGCUCAGCCGCCCGCUGCUGCGCGGCUGGUUCUUUGAGGAGUUCGUCCCCGGCGUCAGGCGCCACCUGCGCCGCAGCUGCCUGCAGCAGAAAGCCGUGCUGCUGGUCGCCCACCCGCCCUGCCCCAGCCAUGCGGCCAGGAUGCCCGCCCUGGAGGAGAGCGAGGAGACCCCCAGGAGGUGCCGGCCUGAGCCCCUCGGCCCUCCGGAGGAGCUGCAGACCCCCGACGGGGCGGUGCGGGUGCUGUUCCUGUCCAAGGGCAGCAGCCGGGCGCACAUUCCGGCGCCGCUGGAGCAGGGGGUGGUGGCCACCUUCAAACAGCUGUACAAGCGGGAGCUGCUGCGUCUGGCCGUGUCCUGCGCGGGGGGCUCCCCGCUGGACUUCCUGCGCGGCUUCAUGCUGGAGGACAUGCUGCACCUGGCCGGCCUCUCCUGGGACCUGGUGCAGGCCGGCCGCAUUGAGCGCUGCUGGCUGCUGGGCUUGCGGGCCGCCUUCGAGCCCCGGCCUGCGGAGGAGUGCGCUGGGCAGCCUGCGGGCCAGGCCGAGGAGGCCGCGGAGCGCAGCAGGGUGCUCAGCGACCUCACGCACCUGGCGGCCCUGGCCUACAAGCGCCUGGCCCCUGAGGAGGUAGCCGAGUGGCUGCACCUGGACGAUGACGGGGGGCUGCCUGACGGCUGCAGAGAGGACGCGGGCCCCAGCCGGCCUCCUGUGCUCCUCCCUGGGGCCCCUCCAGCCCCAGCCAGCCUACCCUCUGUCGAGGAGGGAGGAGAGGAGGAGGAGGCCACCGUGCCCACUGCUGGGGAGGCUGUUCGGGGUCUGGAGACGGCUCUGCGCUGGCUGGAGAGCCAGGACCCCCGGGAGGUGGGGCCGCUUAAGCUGGUGCAGCUUCGCUCACUGAUCAGCAUGGCCCGGAGGCUGGGGGGCAUCGGGCCCUCUUCUGCAGCCCCUGACGACGGGGUGUGACCAUGCCAGCCCAAGCGGCCCCCAGGGGCCUCUCUUCUGCGGCACUGGGAGGGAGGGGACACAGUCUCCCCCCCUCUCCUCCCCUCCUUUGGGGUGGCCCACCCCAUAACUCAGGGGGUUACAGAGAUCCUAGCCCAGUCUGGCUUGGAGGAGCUCUGUUGGUGAAGGGCUGUCCCCACCACUGGUGCCCCCUUCUCGCGUGGGGGCAGCGAGAAGAGAGGCCUCAGGUGCCUGCGUCUUCUCUCUGGGCAGGUGUGCACGUGGGGUCUGCGGCCUUAGCCAGCUGCCCUCCCAUGCAGGCCUGGCUUACACACCACAGCACGCAUCAGAGCGCAGGUGGCUGCAUUCCCACCCUGGCCCCUGUGGGGCUGAGGUCUCCAGCCAUGUUCCUGUCCACACCUUCCCGCCCCCGUGGCCCAGCACUCCCGUCCCACGGGACCACAGCCGUGUGGUCGUCUCAGAGGGAAGCACAGCACUCGCUUUUGGUUUCAGCGCAUUAAGUCUGUUUUUUACAGCUAUUCCUGAGGGACCCAGGGUGGAUGGCUCUGUGGGCUGGGGAGGGAGGGUGGUGCCCGGCACUCGGGCCUCCCGAGAUUCUGGGUGCAGCGAGGGGUGCAGGUUUCUGCUUCACUUGGAUUUUUAAUUUUCCUUAACAAAACAUUCUGAACAGCUCUCAUCUUGUGGGGCUGAUGAGCACUAGCCCUGGGCCCUGGUGGUAGACCAGUGGCUGGGCCAGCGCCCCCGCCAGCCACACGCCACUUUGUUCAGCCCCAGGGCCCAGAGCCAUCCCGUCUCCCUGAGCCGCCCCGUGGCACUGACAGCCACGCCAGGACAAGCCUCAGUGCCUUAGCUCCCCUCCAAGGCGCCCCUUCCCAGCCUGCCCCCAGGUUUCUCCCCGCUCCCGGCACUGCCAGGGGUGUGGCUGAGCAGCUGCUUCCCACAGCCCCGUGAAUUGGGCUCCUGGGUGGCACAGUUUGCGAGAAGGCAGGGGCUCUGUAACUGUGCAGCUCCUGCAUGCUGCACUGCUCUGUCUGGCUCUAGACUCAGGAUCCUGCUGGUGGCCUGAGGCUGAGACAGCCAGGCCUCCCAGAGGCUGCCCUGUAGAGAUGCCCAGAGCCCUUCUGAGGGGUGGGGGGGCUGGAUUUGAGGUGUCGCCUGCCUUAGCGCUCUCCCCUCAUCCUCGCCUGCCCCAUCCUCCUGGUGGUCCGAGGCCGCAGACAGGUGCUGUGUUUGCGGGACGGAAGGGCUGUGCACGGCAGUAGGGUCGCUGGGGGCCCCCAGAGCAAGGAUGUGAACUGUUCCUUGGAACCACCCCCAGUCAAACCAAAACAAAACACCACGUAUACACGUUUAUGUCAAAUUUGAGAGCUGAGGUAUGGUACGAAGGAUUUGGGAGCUCGAGAAGGGAGGCUUGGCUAGCCAGGCGGAGGCAGCAGCCUCCAGCACCACCUGCUGGUGCCCACCUGACACCUCCGCUUCAGCUGUUAAGCUUGUACACCUGCAGGAGCCUCUGGGGCUGGCCCUGGGUCUAAGCACGCGGCAGCACGGGGCUUCAGGAUGUCUUGCCUGUUACACCACCUGCUUCUCCAGCUGGUGGCGACCCAGGGACCCAGGCCGGGAGCUCCUGGUCACAACGGCCAGCUUGCUGGUCCUCUGCCCUGCCCAGCCUGCCUGCAGGGGCCUGUGGAGCCACAGACCUCAGAGCCCAGGUGGGCACCAGGAGAGGGCAGCCUCAUCAGCGCUGCCCCUCUUGCCAAGUUUCCUGCCUCAGCCUUUAAUCCUUUUGUACCCAGGGGCCUGGCAGGGAGACUGCAGUUGGUAUUGAGAACCGGGUAUCAGGACAGGACCUCCGCCUCCUCCCCUCACGUGGCACCAGCCUCGUUCCCUCUGGGGAGCCAAGGCUGCACCCUAGAAAGUCGCUCUGCCUGGUCCCCACGGCCCUGGAUGGGCAGCACGGGAACAGGGCACCGCACAGGCUGGCCUGGGGCUGGGAAGAGCUGGGGGGCCCGUCAAGGGCCGGUCUGGGAGCUACCUCCCUUUGCUGGGCUGGGGACCACCCACCCGAGGGCCUCUGAAGGUGUCCUCUCUAGAAUGGGGGCACCGGUGCCACGGGGCCCUGCACGUGGAGAGGGCGGCUCUGUGUCAAGGGCACUGACCUCCCUGGGCUGACCUCAGUGUGGACCACGGGGCGGCUUGGCCAGAGACUUUCUGUGGGAGACGCCAGUUUGUCUGCAGCAGAUGGGGUGAGAGGGGUCCCUGGUCUGUGCUGGGAGAGCACGGCUUCUGGGGGCGCCGAGGGUCUUCGUCGCUGCGGGGCCCCUUCAGCGGCCCCACCUGCACAGCACCAGGCGCCACGCGGGAGACUGCAUCUUGCCCUCAAGGGUGACGGGUCUCUCGCGAGGGUGCGGGGCCCCUGUGGCAUGGGAGGUGCUCAGGGACACAGCCACUAGGCUCUUCUCCUCUUGUUCACAGCCCUGUGAUGAAUCCUCAAGGCGCUGAAGGUCACUGAUUCCAAAAAGUGGCCCCUGAUCAGUCACUGUCAGGCCUGGUGGGCGUGGCGGCGGGCACGGCAGGAAAGCGCCGUAGAUGGCAAGGUGAGCUCGUGGCUUCUGCUGAAACCAGCCCACCUGGGGGUCAGGAGGGGAGACCAGGCUGCAGCGUCAGAGGGAGCCCGCGGGGGGCGGUCUUGCCCGAGGGGCCGCACACUUGGGAAUGAGCCCCCGGAUGACAGCUGGACCAAGGAUGGAGCACUGGGUGAGGAAGGGGGCACCCUCCAGCGGGGGGUCGGGCCUCCUGGGACCCCCAGCCUGUGGCCCAAGAACGGGGCAGGAUCAGGAUUGUUGGGGGAGCCCAGGGCAGGGGUGCUUGCUCUUCGAGGGGCCUUUCACAGCCAGCCUCACUGACAGCAGAGGUCACCAGCCAGAUGGGCCCAGUGCGCUUUAUAAUUAAAGCUGGACAUGCCAACUUCACACAAUCCCUGUUCUAGUCUUAUUUGUGUUCUCCAUCCAGUGCUUGGGUCCAGAACACAUAAUUUGAAAAAGUGGGGAGGGUACAGAAAUAGGACAACAUUGAUGAAAAAAGCUCACAUCCACCAGCUUCUAAGAAAACUAAUUUUAGCUUCGCAGUGUAAGGUGCAGAGACUUGGCCGGCCGGUGACUGGGCUGCAGCUCUGCCCCCUGCGGCCCUUCUUGGGCUAGGCCCUCUUCAACCAGCGCUUCCGUCACCAGCUGGGCUCCCUGGGCGCCUCUCACUCAGGGAGUGGCCGCCCCCGGGGCAGGGCUGGGCAGAGGUGCAGCUCCUGCUCCCCAGGCCCAGCCCAGCCUGGUUCCCGGGGAUUCUCUUGGGAGAUACGUGGCUAGGACCCGCAGACAUACAGCUGAGGGUGCGGCUGGCGUGCUGGGUGGGUGGGGGGCUAACCUUGCAGAGCUCUCAGGGGAUGCUGCCGUACAGCUGGGCUGGGAAACCCUGUCCCCGCACCCUCUGCACCCACCAGCUCCAAGUCUGAGCCCAAUAUCCUGGCCCUUGGCUGAGACGUGCUUCCAGGCACUUGGAAUUUGGUUUAAUCGGCCUCUAAUUAAAUAUUGGUCACU